AUGAAACCUGGCAUAGCCCCCGGACCUGAUUUUAUAUCAGCAGACUUUUUUCGGGCUGGUGGCUAUCCACUUCAUGUAAUCUUAGCAGCGUACAUGACAUCUUACCUUCAGAAAGAGAGAAUUCCAGACCAGUGCAAGAUUUCGCAAACUUUUCUUAUCCACAAGAAAGGUAAACGGACGUUGGAUGAAGCUUAUUCUCAAGAACAGGCUGCAUCCCUUCAUGGGUUUAGCUCGGACCACAUUCAGACCUUAUCGAGGGUUUUAGAGGUUUGCCGAGAAUGCCGCCUGUCCCUUGUUCUGACCAUUGUCGGCUAUGAAACUUUCGAGAGCGUAGGAACAAAAGCAAUACUGUCAACGCUGUUGGACCAAGGCGUGAAAGCGUCUUAUGUGAAGACAUUAGCCAACUACUAUGAUCGAUGCACCACUGGAAUACGGCUUUUCCACCGUCUCUCACCAUACUUAUUGGGGAUGAGUAUGACAGGGAAAUACUAUAUCGCUAAAGCUGUUCACUGCUGCAUUGCAAUGAAUAAUGAAAUAAAUCACUUUCUUGGAGAGAAAGAAGCAUGUGUUGAUGGAAGAUUCCUCUUGAACCUUCGUUUUACUGACGACAUCGUUCUCUUUUCGCCAAGUACCAAUGAAGCAGAAAAGAUGCUCAAGCGACUGUACGAAGAGGAGAGGAUAGUAGGACUGCAAAUAAACAAAAAGAAGACACAGUUCAUCAAAAACGCCUACUGCGAGGACGGAGGAGUACAACUUGAAGGCUCCCAAAUCUUGGGAACUUCGUCAUACGUAUACCUCGGCCGUGCUAUGAAUAAGGAAAAAACUUGA